CCGUCUGUGGACAAGCCAAGUACCUCCAGUGGUCCCAGUACCCCGGGUUGGGAACCACUGCAAAGUGUUGCUCAACCAGCCUCGUCAUGAAUGGAUUCCUCUGAAGGGAAAGGAGGGAUUUCUGCUUCAGCGAGUCAAGCCGCUUUGGUCACACCCUUCCCCGCCCGCACCCCUCCCGGAGCGAGAGAGCUCCGCCGCCCGCCAUGUUGCUACAGUGGGAGUCAGACUAGUGCAAGAGGAUACGUGUAAAACCUACUAGCUAACUACAGGAAGAUUACGUGAGAAGGUGCAACAAGCUUCAGCCAACAACAGAAUAAGUCAACUUUCCUGGGAUUUUGUCGACGUUCAUUUCAUAAACGUAUGGGUUGUAUCCCUGGACAUUCAGUGUUUCGUAAUUAAAAUAACUCAAAAGGAAUGGUGAUGGCGUGGAAGACCGUCUUCCCAGCUGUGUGUGUGUGGAGAUGGUUCUGACAGGCUUGCUUCUGGAGGACUGUGCGUCAGUCGCCUGGCUUGGGAAGGCCCCCUAAACACACACACACUGACUGCUCGCCGCGGUGCCAGAACCGACUUGGACCCAACGCCCCCCCACCCCCCCCCUCUUCCCCCAACACACACACACACACACACGCAGUCUUCACUGGGUUGGGUGCCGUCUUCCUGUGGGUGUCCUCGGUGGGUUGCCCGCGACCGUCUGCCAACAUGCCCAGCUCCACCAUCAGGCGCUCCGUGAAGAACAUGGUGAACAACUACUCGGACGCGGAGAAGAAGGUCCGGGAGGCGACUUCGAAUGACCCCUGGGGCCCCUCGUCCUCGCUGAUGUCGGAGGUGGCCGACCUGACCUACAACGUGGUGGCGUUCAGCGAGAUCAUGAGCAUGAUCUGGAGACGCCUGAACGACCACGGGAAGAACUGGAGGCACGUCUACAAGGCCCUCACGUUGCUGGACUACCUGAUCAAGACCGGGUCGGAGCGUGUUGCGCUGCAGUGUAAGGAGAACAUCUUUGCCAUCCAGACUCUUAAAGACUUCCAGUACGUGGACCGAGAUGGGAAAGACCAGGGCAUCAACGUCAGAGAGAAGAGCAAGCAGCUGGUGGUGCUUCUUAAAGACGAGGACCGGCUCAAAGGUGAGCGUUCCCAGGCGCUGAAGACCAAAGAGCGCAUGGCCCAGGUGUCCACUAUAGGGGUGGUGGCACCUGGUCAGGGUUUUGGACGAGGCUCUUCUCAGCCAAACCUCUCAACUUCCUACAGUGAGGAGUAUGGCAAGUCGGAGGGGUCACCUGCAUCCUACCAUGGCUCUACAUCUCCAGUCCCAGGCUCUGAGUUGGAACAGGCUCGCCCCCAGACCAGCGGGGAGGAGGAGCUUCAACUGCAGCUGGCCCUGGCCAUGAGCAGAGAGGCUGCUGAACAGGAGGAGAGAAUGCGUCGUGGGGAUGAUCUGCGACUUCAGAUGGCCCUGGAGGAGAGUCGUAAAGGAGGUGGACCACUCGGUACCAUUGGAUCUGGAAAACAGCCCAAGAAGAAGAAGGAGCCCCAGUCUUCACUGUUGGACCUGAUGGAUGUUCCAGAGGGAGACUCUGCAGACCCCUGGGGAGGAGCUGCUGGAGCCACCGCACAAGACCCCUGGCAGAGCUACAGUGCAGCCCCUAAGCCAGUGGCUCCAGUUGACCCGUGGGGUCCUCCCUCUUCCUCUGUUCACCCCAUAAAGGGCAGCGAUCCCUGGGGAGCCAACACUGCUCCAGUCCCGGAUCCCUGGGGCUCUGGAGGAACACAGCCCAAGACCUCUAACACAGGUGGCUUUGACCUUUUCAGUUCGUCCAAUGGUACGUCUCGAGAGGACCUGUCAGACUUUGACCUGUGCCGAUCCUCUGUCCCAUCUGGUGACGGGCGUGGCCUGACUAGCACUGGUGUAGGUGACCUGUUUGACCCCCUGCCGAGCAGGAAGACACCCGAGUCCUUCCUGGGUCCCAACGCGGCGCUGGUCAACCUGGACUCCCUGGUCACGAAGCCACCCCAGCCCGCUCCUAUUGUUAACCCCUUCCUGGCUGCUGGAGCUGUCCCGAUGGUGGCCCCCCAGGUCAACCCGUUCCAGCUGGGGCAGCCCGCCCCCCCCACCCUCAACCAGAUGCGGGUUAGUCCCAUGCCCGGCAUGGGCAUCAGUUUCGGCAGCAUGGCCGACCCCAUGCCCCUGUCUUCCAUGCCCCCCCAGACCGGCAUGGGCCGCAUGGUGCCGGGGAUAGGGGGCAUGGGUGUGGUCGGCAUGGCUGGCGUCCCGUCCUCGAUGCCUCAGCCACUGCUCAGCUCGGCCGUGCCCCCCACCGCGGGCACACAGCCCCCCGGGACCACCAACCCGUUCCUGUUGUGAGACACCCUCAACGACCUCCAGAUGACCCCCUGGGAAUCCCCCUCCACCCUCUCCCACACCCCCUUUUCUGACAUGAAAAAAUAAACUCUUCCGUGUUUUGGGAAAGACUCUCCUCACUCUUCUCCCCGUCUAGAGUUCCAACGUCAGGUUUCAUGUUAGCAGGGACAGAAGGGUUUCCAAGUUUAGAUCAGACUUUCCCUCUCCCCCUUUAAGUCUGUCUCUCUGUGUGUCUGUCUGUCUCUCUCUCUGUGUGUCUGUCUGUCUCUCUCUCUGUGUGUCUGUCUGUCUCU